AGCACUGUAUUAUAAUUAGUGCCUCACACUUCCUCAAGAUUUAAACUGAUGCACUGUACAUUCGUCCGGCUGGCACUGCUGUUAGCCAGCACCUUAAAACCCUCCCUUCGCAGGACUGCUUCCUGCUCUGCUCUCUUUGAAUGUUUAGUAUUUUAUUUGUUUUGGUCAAACAACUUACUCCCACGACGACUGCUCUUUAAUAUUCAUCUCUGCCCCUGCCCCUAGCUUGGAUUAACUGGAUUUUGCUCAAGACGUUUCAGUCUAUUACUCUGUACGUUUAAAGGGAUGGGUUCCGCCCACUCUAUGCCAGAAGAGAUUCAAGAACUUGCUGACAAGACUGGCUUCACUCUGGAACAAAUUGAGCAUCUUCACCGGAGAUUCAAGCAGAUAAGUGGGGACCAGCGAACCAUCCGCAAGGAGAGUUUUGACAGGAUCCCUGACCUGGAGUUCAAUCCAAUUAGAUCAAAAAUUGUCCGUGCCUUUUUUGACAAGAGGAACCUACGGCAGGCAUCAGAUGGGUUAGCUGAGGAGAUCAACUUUGAGGACUUCCUGACCAUCAUGUCCUACUUCAGACCCAUGGAGAUGAACAUGGACGAAGAGCAGCUGGAUCACUUCCGAAAAGAGAAACUAAAAUUUCUCUUUCAUAUGUACGAUUCGGACAAUGAUGGGAAGAUCACCCUGCAGGAAUACAGAAAAGUGGUGGAAGAGCUGCUGUCAAGGAACCCCCACCUGGAGAAGGAGUCGGCGAGGUCAAUUGCAGAUGGUGCCAUGAUGGAGGCUGCCAGCAUCUGUGUGGGACAAAUGGAGCCAGACCAGGUGUACGAGGGAAUCACAUUUGAAGACUUUCUUAAGAUGUGGCAGGGGAUUGACAUCGACACCAAGAUGCACGUCCGCUUUCUAAACAUGGAGCCUAUUGCACACUGCCACUGACCUCUGCCAGUCCACAGAGCCACUGACCUGCAGGGAGAGGGGAGUGGAGCCUUGGGCAGAGGAGCCAGGCCAGUGCCCUCCAAUGGCAAGUCCGUGCUUUGGGUAUCAGAUGUCUGUCAUUUUGCUACUGGUGUGUGUGAUUAAAGCUUAUGAGGUCCCUGUGUUCCCACAGGGGCUGCAUUGUGCUUUGUAGAAAUGUCUGAGGCUUAAAUGCUGACUCCUUUGUAUAAUAAAAUAGUUUUGUUUUUUACUCUCUGCCCGAGGAACAUUUUUCCCCCUUCAAGGUGGCCUGGAACCUGGGAGUGCAGCUUCUCUGGAGCCUCCUGGUGCAGAGCAACAAGUUUAGCCACAAGGAGGUGAUGCUCUCAGGGGGAUAAUAGGAAGCUGUUGUCCUCAGCUAGAAAGUAACUGCUGCUGUUUCCACGCGCAUUGUAAGCGCAAUAAAUCACUCUCUCCCGCCCUCUUGCAGCCAAGGAUGUGCUCAAGCAUGCGGAGUGGUUUUUCUCCAUUUGCAAUUUUCACAUGGGUCCUUUCUGGGGGAUCUUUGACCACAGCAACCAAAAAAACCCAAACAAAGAGGGGACCCAAGCUUGAUGUAACAGGGAAAUGUGUUGGACUGGACCUUUGUCACCUUUCAGAUCCAAUGUACAGAUGGGCAGGCUGCCCGCUGUCAACCUAUGACUCAUAUACUCACCCCCCGCCCAAUACACACUGAAUUUAUCAUGCCACUCUGACUCACCUGCCCUCUGCCCACUAACCAAUGGGCUUCUGGCAUUCCCAUUAGCUGAGCACCUUAAAGCAACCCCUCC